CACAAUGUAACUCUAGUCAUCGAAACCAUAUUCUGAUUUAAUCACGAUAGAUUUAAUUUAUUUCAUUCCAAUUAAUUUAAAUAACCGAAAAUGGAGAAAACAUCGACGAUGUGAAAAACAACCACGGAAAUGUUUAAGGCUAGGUAAAGUAAUAUUGAAAAAAGAUAUCAUGAUGAUCACUUGGACAAAAUCGAAAAUGUUAUCAAAAGAAGACCGAUUUGUUUCCAUAAAUCCACUAUGAAUGGUCACUUUUGACGGUGAUGAAAUCGAUAACCAACUUUAUCUUAUUCGCAUAUUGCACCAAGUAUCAUUUCCAUCAAAACAAAUCAACUGCACAAAGUGACUGUGCCAAUCUCAGUAAAAUUUGUUCCAAUGAAAGUAAAAUAGUUGGAAUUAUAUUAACAAUAGAAUCGAUCAAAUCUCUUCUCUCUUCCAAUUCGAUGAGAUUUACGAUUGUACAAACAGCUACAACACCAAUUCGAAAAUGACGUCACACUUUUUAUGCUCCAUUUGUCUAUGUGUGCGAAGCAUCAACACAAUCAGCUGACUGUAUGUUUGUAUGCACUCUGUACGAGGCUACUGAAAAAAAAGUCACAGUGACAGCUACAACCGCAAAACGACGCGCCAAAUUUACUGCAAGUACCACCGACUGUGCAAAAAUACAAUUAAUUGUCAAAAAAAAAAUCAAUUGGGAAUUAUCAAAAAAAUCAAGAGUUAAGCAAGAGUACCAACGAAAUUCAUUGAGUGACGACGUGAAAAGCCCUAUAUAAGUCGAUUAAGGACUCUCAACUUUAACAAAAUUACAGUUCGGAUUAAAUAUUAAGAUGAACAUGAACGCAUCAAAGUUGCAGAAAGAACUCAGUAAAAAUGUUUACAAUUUCGAUCGAGAACAUAUGAUAAUUUGCAAGAACAACAAUGGCAUCGAUAAAUCGAAACUUGUAAAUGAUUUGUACGAAUCCACACUUGAAGAAGCAAAGAAGAUUUGUAAGUCGGUCAUCGGGGUCAACGAAAGAAAACGGCAAACGCAAGAGAGAACUAUUGAAUUCAAAUGCAAUUUUUAUUGGAUUUCUAAUGAACCAAUUGGAAAACAGAAUCAUGACGAAGUUGGUGAAAAUAAAACCACACUGAAAUCAAUUAUGGAGCCAAUUCCAGCUGAGGCCUUGUCGAAUGUACCGGUGUUGUCUUCAUCGGGUAGAGGUCGUAAACGUAAGAUAACAACUUCAAUGGACGAUGCAGUACCGUUGCCAAGAGAAAGAUCUGACUCGGGCAUUGACUGUGAUUUGGAGAGAAGAGAUAGUGAUGAUGGACAACGAAUCCAAUGUGAAUUUUGUUUUAAUUAUUAUGCAAGGAGAGACAGCUUAUGGCGCCACCAGACGGAUAAACACCACGAAGAAUUUUCAUUCCAUUGUUCAACAUGCGAGCGGGGAUUCAAAAACCAAAGCGAUGCCGAUGAACAUGAGAAAAAACGUAAAUGUCACAAAAAAUAUGAAUGCGAAAUGAAAUGUGGGUAUUUCCAUUUGGAUCUGACGAAGAUGAAGAAUCACGAACGAACACAUACUGGAGAUAAACCAUACAUAUGCCAACAUUGCAACGAAUGUUUCACACAAAAAAACAGUCUCAGAAGGCACAUAACAGAGUCUUGUUCGAAAAUUCGACAAAAGUAACUUUAUGUUGCAAGAAAAAAGAAUGUAAAAUUGACGAUACAAACAAUUUAAUUGGCAAAUUUGUGAAUGAAAUGGAACACUCCAAAGUGAACCUCUAGAGAGGAAAACAGUAUUAAAUAAAUGAUUAUUUGAACAA